UCGAGUGUUCUUCUGUCGGCUAACUAUACGGUUUCAGUAUGGACUUUUUCGCAAUAUCUUAAAGGGUCAAUAAUAGUUCAAUCAAUCAUGAUACUGAGGACUGUAAGUGGCGUUCUUACAGUAAGGAUUUUUCUAGCAAUCAUGGUGCAGCCUGUUGAGAACAUGGUGUACACUCUGCCAUACACACCAGACUCGGACGGAUCCUGCCGCAACAAAACAGCUGAAUACUAUAACCCAGAUGUAAACCUGUGCUGCAGCAAGUGUACUUCUGGGACACGCCGGAAAGUUGUAUGCAGCUCUACCUCAGACACGGCGUGUGAACCAUGUCCUAGUGACCAGUACAGCGGGACCUUUAAUUACUUCCCAAAAUGCUUCAGAUGUCCCAAGUGUUCAGCAGACAAAGGCCUGAAGUAUGUCCAGAAGUGCUCCAGCACCACCAAGACCCAGUGUGCGUGCCAGACUGGGAUGUACUGCAUACUGGACCAACACCCGGACUGUAAGGAGUGUUCCAGUUAUACAUACUGCAAGCCUGGUCAUGGGGUCUCUGUAGAAGGGACAGCAGAGUCGGAUGUGGAAUGUGCAUCAUGCCCCAAUGGAACCUUCUCUGACCAGCACUCCUACACCCAGAUCUGUCAGCACCACACAGAUUGUGUGUCUCAGGGGAGGGACGUACAGACUUACGGUACAGCCACCACCGAUGCGGUGUGUGGACCGAAGGUAAAUGGACGACUGGUCUCCAUCCUCCAAACCACCACACCUCCAAGCCCACCGACCACAAUGCCACCCUCUGUUGAAGAGCAUACCACAUCAAGUCUACAGAGCAUGGAUAUGUCUACAGUACCAACCACCCUGGGCUCAAAGCUGACAUCUAGUCCCUCUGAUCCACUGGUCAUCGCUCCAAUGGAAGAAAAAUCACCAGGCGUCGACCUUUGGAUAGUUGUAGGUGCUAUCGGAGGUGUUAUGUUCCUGCUGCUGAUCAUAGGCACUAUCAUUUACAAGAAAGCCUUCACGAAGUUCAUACGUGUAUCUUCUACAGAAGAUAUAAAUGGAAAGGAGGCCAUUAAAUGUCUGCUGGGGAAAGGAGACUGCAGUAAUGUCGGUCAGGCAGAGACCCAGCAGGAUGCUGUUAAGACCUGGUCAGGCUCUGGGUGCUCCAACAGCCUGGAGGGCCUGUCAAUAUGCCCCGUCCAGUCCACCCUUCCACAGCCCAGCAUCCUGGCCAGCACCCCCCAGCCCAGCCCCCAAUCCACCAGCCCUCUGGCAUCUGUCCCCCUAGUUAAUGUCAACAUCACUGUUACCUACCCUGUGAACAUAGGAAAUGAGUUAUGCUCCAGACCUACCAGCACCCAGAUAGACUCACCACAAGCCGACCCCGAGACCCCUUUAUCAAGGGAGGAGGAGGUGUAUGUGAACAUGCCACAGCGAGAGAGUUGCAAAGAGGCACUUACACAAGUACAGGAGUUUGGAAAUGAUGUAUGAGGACUGGAGGCAUAUGGAGGAGGAUCAGGCAAUAGAUUGUGUUUUAGUGAUGUUUUUUUCACUGUGACUGUUGUCUCUGUUGUUAUAUGGUUGCUACUUGAAGUACUGGUGGUGACUUUGUGUUGGUAGAGAGAGACAGAAUGACUGUUCAUGUGCCUCAGGUAGGAUUUCCCAAACUUUGCACGUUUUGCAUAAGUUAUACCCAGGGAGGGUACCCGAGUUUGGGAAACCCUGGUAUAUACCCUGAUAUAAUGUGCUGUCUGUGCUGGAAAGUCUUGAACACCUGAUUUAGAUUGUCAUUAACUGUUUGAAGAAUUAUUGAUAAGUGAAUGAUGUAGGCAAUUACUGUGAAUGUUGUUGUAAGUAUACUGUAGAUGUUACACGGCUCAAGGUAUCCCAAAAUCUUUUAUCAUAAGUAGGCAAUAACCUUUCCUACACAUGCCAUACUUUUGGGGGAAUUCAUUAUGGCCUGUGCCAUAUGAGAAUAUUUCAUUUGUAUUCUUAUGAGGGAAGAGCAUGCCUAUACUUUCCAGAGUAAGGGUUCUUUGUCUCUUUUUUUAAUCAAACUGAAAUGGUAGACUAAAUGAAACUGCUUUGUUUCUUUUGUUUUUUGGCCUACACCUGUUGAAUCGUGUGCUUUCUCUCUGUAAAUAAGCAGCAACUGACUGGUAACAGAUCAUGAGUAAUACAUUCUCAACAUCAGCUCAAUAAGAAGUUAAGAAUGAUGGAUGAGACAUUUUUGUAUGAAGGGUAUUGUUUUUCUGUAAUACUAUCACCACCUACUGGUGGAACAAAUAUAUAUAUAUAUA